AUGCCUCCUCCCACCAAGCGCCGACGAACAGAGCCUACGGUCGUCCAAGAGAUCACGUUCGAUCCCACCGCUCGUCAGGAAUAUCUCACCGGGUUCCACAAGCGGAAACUACAGAGAGCGAAACAUGCACAGGAAAUCGCGGAGCAGAAGGCGAGGGCAGAAAGAGUAAUAGCGCGGAGGAAGCUGCGAGAACAACGGAAGGCAGAUCUCGAACGACAUGUGGAAGAGAUCAAUGCCAUGAUCAGACCGAUCUCUCCAGACAGCGGGUCGGAAGAUGCUGGUACAGACUCCGACGACGAAUGGACUGGCCUCUCCGAGCCAGAUCCAGAACCCAUUGACCACGAAGCGGAAUACAUCGACGAAGACAAGUACACCACCGUGACUGUCGAGGCCAUGGACGUCAGCCGGGAAGGCAUUUUGAAUGCCCAGGUUGAUCCAGACAGUAAAGAACAUAAACAGGCAGAUUUGGUGGACGCAGAGGACUCGACUUCCGUGAAGAAAAAACGGAUAUGGAAGAAAGAAAAUCCAAAGGAUAAGGCCGAAAGGAGUAGAAAGAAGAAGAGAAGUUUCCGGUAUGAGAGCAAGGCGGAGCGGAAAGUUUCACGGACAAAAGAGAGAUCCAAAAAUCACAGACAAGCUCGAGAACGGCGAGCCGGAUGA